UGAAGCUUAGCUGCGCCCCUGUUGCCUGCUGGGAAAUGUGUUAAGCAUCCUUCCCCUUUCAGGCCCGGGCGCAACAAGACGGGCGAACUGGUAGCCCUCGAAUGCCGGGUCUUAACCGCCCAUUCGGAAGCGUGAUCUGGCACGAAAAGAGUUUCGAGAGCGUCUGGGCUCGGGGUCCACGGUGAACGUAGCUUGCGCACUAGGCCUUUCCGAGUGAGAAGGGAGACGGGGAAAAAAGCGGUGUUGGCGGACGAGACCAAGCGCCAGCUUCGAGGAGGGAGUUGUUCAAGGGGAAGGGUUGGAAAGAGUCUGUGUUAGCAAGCAUCACGCCAUGCUUUUGCCACGUUUCUAAUUAAAGAUUGACGUGCCUGCAUAAGCAUUUUCCUGUUAAAAUGUCCUUGCCUCUUACAGAGGAGCAGAAGAAAAAGAUUGAGGAGAAUCGACAAAAGGCUCUGGCCCGUAGAGCUGAGAAAUUAGCAGAACAGCAUCAGAGUGUAGGCUUGGGCUCCUCUAUCGCUUCGGGUCCUUCCGAGUGCCAGCAGGGUCCUUCUUGCCAUCUCCCCAGAGACUCUUCUAAGCUGGUGAGCCAUGGUGUCAUUUUCAAGCAACAAAAAACUAAUAAUUCAUCUCAUGGUGACCAAAGACCUCAUAAUACCCACAGUUUUCAUCUCAGCACUUUGGAGCAGGCAAAGGGGUCAUGUAAGAGGCACGAAGAGAUGCCCACCGCCUGCCUACACCACAGCCCUCCAAGUCAGAUGACUCUCACUGGGAUCUCCCCUCCUUUGGCACAAAGUCUUCCAGAGGUUUCCGGCCAGCAACUCUUGGGCUAUGAGUCAGGUCAAGGUCGCCCUCAGAUUUCACAUGGGACCAAGUCAACACCUUUUGCUAACACAGCUCAUGAGCCUUCAGCUAAAGCAAAGAGUUCCCAGGAUACUCCAGCUUCUUCUUCUGGACAUCUUCCCAGGGAUCCUGAAUCAGAGGCCAAGACAGCCAGACCCUCCACCUCAGAGCAGAAUGUUUCUGAUGUCCGUUGUAGCCCAGGGAGUGUGAUGCCCAGAACAGAAGGAAGACUCCAACAGAACUCGGGGCCCUCACCCCACAAAGCAGUACACUCCCAGGAGGGAACGUGCGUAAGGGAUGGAGACCGUUUCCAGGUGAAGAUUGGGUACAAUGCGGAGCUCGUUGCUGUGUUCAAGCGUCUGCCCAGCAGAAAAUUCGAUCCUAACACCAAGAUGUGGAACUUCAGCAUGACGGACUAUAGUGCCCUGAUGAAGGCGGUGCAGCACCUCCCCACGGUCACCCUGCAGCCUCUGGAGGGGGCCGGCAGCCUGGCUCCCACCGGCCUGCCUCCGGCUCCCUCGCUCGCCUUUGUCACAGGGCAGUGCCUGCUCAUCUCCCGGGCCCGCUUCGAGGUGGACAUCGGCUACUCACAGGAGCUGGUUGCAGUGUUUAAACAGAUGGAUUCCAGAAAUUAUGAUGCCAAGACCAGGAAGUGGAACUUUCUCUUGGAAGAGCACAAUAAACUCAUUGAAAGGGUGCGCUGCCUUCCACAAGUUCAACUGAGUCCUCUGCCCAAGACACUGACCCUGGCUUUCGCUUCUCAGAUGGCGAAGACGUCUCUUGGUCUCACGGCAGACAUCCCUGAGGCAGACCUCUCCGGAGUGGACCCCAAGCUCGUGUCUAAUCUGCUACCCUUUCAGAGAACUGGAGUCAAUUUUGCCAUUGCGAAAGGAGGCCGCCUGCUCCUUGCUGAUGACAUGGGCCUGGGGAAGACCAUCCAAGCCAUCUGCAUCGCGGCCUUCUACCGGAAGGAGUGGCCGCUGCUGGUGGUGGUGCCGUCGUCUGUGCGCUUCACCUGGGAGCAGGCCUUCCUCCAGUGGCUGCCGUCUCUGAACCCAGAGCACAUCAAUGUUGUGGUGACCGGCAAGGACCGCCUGACAGCUGGCUUGGUCAACAUUGUCAGCUUUGAUCUCCUGAGCAAGUUGGAAAAACAGAUAAAGACCCCUUUUAAAGUUGUCAUCAUCGAUGAAUCUCACUUCCUCAAAAACAUUAAGACUGCCCGCUGCCGCGCAGCUAUGCCCCUCCUCAAGGUUGCCAAGCGUGUGAUCUUACUGUCCGGCACGCCAGCCAUGUCACGACCUGCAGAGCUUUACACGCAGAUCAUCGCCGUCAAGCCCACAUUCUUCCCUCAGUUUCAUGCCUUUGGACUUCGCUACUGUGAUGCCAAGAAGCUUGCCUGGGGAUGGGACUACUCGGGCUCCUCCAGCCUGGGAGAGCUGAAGCUGCUGCUGGAGGAAGCGAUCAUGCUGCGACGCCUCAAAGCGGACGUCCUUUCCCAGCUGCCAGCCAAGCAGCGCAAGAUGGUGGUGGUGGCCCCAGGUCGGAUCAACACCAAGGCCAGAGCAUCCCUGAAUGCUGCGGCCAAGGAGAUGACCACCAAGGACCAAUCUAAAGGACAGCAGAGAGCAGCCCUCAUUCUCUACUUCAACAGAACAGCGGAAGCCAAAGUCCCGUGUGUCAUUGAGUAUAUCCUGGACCUUCUGGAAAGCGGACGAGAGAAGUUCCUAGUGUUCGCACACCACAAGGUGGUUCUGGACGCAGUCACCGAGGCGCUUGAGAAAAAGCGGGUGCAGCACAUCCGCAUCGAUGGCUCCACCUCCUCGGCUGAUCGAGACCACCUGUGCCAGCAGUUCCAACUGUCCAAGGGGCAUGCCGUGGCCGUGCUGUCCAUCACCGCUGCCAACAUGGGCCUCACCUUCUCCUCGGCCGACCUGGUGGUAUUCGCCGAGCUGUUCUGGAAUCCAGGGGUGCUGAUGCAGGCUGAGGACCGGGUGCACCGCAUUGGACAGUCGAGCUCCGUGAGCAUCCACUACCUGGUGGCGAGAGGCACAGCUGACGACUACCUUUGGCCCCUGAUCCAAGAGAAGAUCAAAGUUCUGGGUGAAGCUGGGGUUUCUGAGGCCAGUUUUUCAGAAAUGACAGAAGCCACUGAUUACAUCUACAAGGACCCAACGCAGCAGAAGAUCUAUGACCUUUUCCAGAAGUCCUUUGAGGAGGACAGAAGUGAUAAGGAGCUCCUGGAGGCAGCAGAGGCCUUUGACCCAGGAAGUGCUUCGGGAGCAUCUGGAAGUGGUUCCCAGGACCUCGGAGACGCGCUGGACGAAAGCACAUUGACAGACAGCCCAGUGAGGAAAAGGAGAUUUGAAUUUUUCGAUAACUGGGACAGCUUUACCUCUCCCCUAUAGAGGGGCAAAGAAGUAUUUAAAAAUCAUGGAAUUCAUUAAAAUAAAACGGACAUUUUAUUUUUAAAGCUUGUGCUCUUCUCGCCAUGACAGGGGGCCGGCCUCUCUGUAAUCACAGCGAGUUCCUGGGCCAAGGGUCAGCAUUUCCUCUCCAACCUUACAAUGCGUGGAUUUGUUUGGGUCUUAAUUAACCUCAGCUUCCCUGGUGGAGAAAUAGAGACAGUGGGUUGUAGUAGUGGUAAUUUAUAUUCUUUAAAUGGUGAGAUGCUUCCUACAAAAUGCCUCAAUGUGAAUUUUUAAAAUUGAUAGAGUCAACAAAUAUAAAGCACCAAAUAUGUGCCAGGCACUGAACAGGAGAGGAAAAGUGUGCCUCUGCACAGGUUGUCGUAUCAUGGGAAAGGCGAUUGUUAUACAUCCUGGGAAGAAAAGUAAAGUAAGGAGGGAAGGGAUCAGAGCAGGGGUUGAUGAGCUUUUCCUGGAUAUAGCCUGGUAUUAAAUAUUUUUGACCUUAUGGCCAAGACAUCUCCAUUGGAACAACUCAGCUCUGCCUCUGUACUGCAAAAUAACCAUAGACAACCCAGAAACAAGUGAUUACAGCUCUUUUCCAAUAAAACUCUGGGCCCUGAAAUUUGAUUUUCAUGUGUCACAAAUUAUUACUCUUUUUUAUUUUUAUUUUUAUCAUUUUUUAAUUGUUCAAAUACCGUUGUCUCCAUUUUCCCAUCGCCACUUUCCCCCACCCAGACUUAUUUUCAGUCACAUAAACAUGUAAAAACUGUACGGAGCUCACAGGCCCUGCAGAGUGGGUAGCGGACAGGGUUUGGCCUACAGACUGUAGUUUGCCCACCCCUGGUCCAGUGCAGCACCGUCCAGUGUAACAUAAGCCACGAAUGUGAGUUUCAUUCUCUAAGAGUAUUUCAGAAAAUAAAGAGGGAUCAAGUCAAUAUUUUAUUUAACCCACUAGGUUCAAAAUACUGUCGUUUAAACAUAAAACCACUAAAAUUUUC